UGAAUCAGUCUCAUUAGAACUGGUUUGACAGUGGUGUGAAGAUGGCGGCGUACGGUCGCCCUCAGCUGCUCCUGCUGUUACCGUGCGUGUGUCUCUGCGGCUUCGGCUCCGUCCUCGGUUUGAAGGCACCCAGCGGUCCUGCCGAACCGCCCAAUCCACCAGUCCUCAGAGCCGCCGAUCCCCCGGUAAAAGAUGCACCUGCUGCCGCCGCCGCAGCCGCCGCCGCUGGGGCCUCGCAGCCUCGAAGGGCGACCGGUUGGAAGCUGUCGGAGGAGGAGGCCUGCCGGGAGGACCUGACCCGCCUCUGCCCUAAACAUACCUGGACCAACAACCUGGCCGUGCUGGAGUGCCUGCAGGACCGCAGAGAGGAAACUGAUAUCGCUCCUGACUGUAACCAUCUUCUGUGGAACUACAAACUUAAUCUGACCACGGACCCAAAGUUUGAGUCUGUGGCCAUGGAGGUCUGCAAGAGCACCAUUGCUGAGAUAAAGGAGUGUAACGAGGAGGAGCGGGGAAGGGGCUACCUGGUGUCCUGCCUGGUGGAUCACCGUGGCAACAUCAGCGAGUACCAGUGUAACCAGUACAUCACCAAAAUGACCAGCAUCAUCUUCAGCGACUACCGACUGAUCUGUGGCUUCAUGGACAAAUGUAAAGAGGACAUCAAUAACAUGCGUUGCGGCAGCAUCAAUGUGGGACACAAGGACGUGCACUCUCAGGGUGAAGUCAUCGCCUGUCUGGAGAAGGCGUUGGUGAGGGAGGCAGAGCAGCAGGACCAUGUCCGUCCAAUCAAGGAGGAGUGUCAGAAGGCGAUCUUGCGGGUGGCGGAGCUGUCAUCAGACGACUUCCACCUCGACCGACAUCUUUACUUCUCCUGCCGAGACGACCGAGAGAGAUUCUGUCAGAACACUCAGGCAGGUGAAGGGAAAGUCUACAAGUGUCUCUUCAACCACAAGUUUGAGGAGGCCAUGUCCGAAAAGUGCCGCGAUGCUCUCACAACCCGUCAGAAGCUGAUCUCUCAGGACUACAAAGUCAGUUACUCUCUGGCUAAAGCCUGUAAGCUGGACCUGAGGAAGCAGCGCUGCAGCCUGGACACCAACCUGCCGCGAGCCCGUGAGGCCCGACUGUCGUACCUACUGCUGUGCCUGGAGGCCGCCGUCCACCGCGGUCGUCCGGUCAGUGGGGAGUGUCAGGGGGAGAUGCUGGACUACCGGCGGAUGCUGAUGGAGGAUUUCUCCCUGAGUCCGGAGAUCGUGCUUCACUGCCGGACGGAGAUCGAGGCUCACUGCUCCGGCCUGCACCGCAAAGGCCGCACGCUGCACUGCCUGAUGAGGAUUGGACGCGGUGACCGCAGCACCGCCGUCGACAGUGUCUGCCAGAGCGCCCUGCAGACCCUGAUCCAGUCUGCGGACCCUGGAGCCGACUACCGGAUUGACCGUGCGCUCAAUGAGGCCUGCGAGUCCGUGAUCCAGACCGCCUGCAAACACAUUCGCACUGGAGACCCGAUGAUCCUGUCGUGCCUGAUGGAGCAUCUGUACACAGAGAAGAUGGUGGAGGACUGUGAACACAGGCUGCUGGAACUGCAGUAUUUCAUAUCCAGAGACUGGAAACUGGACCCCAUCCUGUAUAAGAAGUGCCAGGGUGACGCUGCCCGGCUCUGCCACACCCACGGCUGGAACGAGACCAGUGAGCUGAUGCCGCCGGGCGCCGUCUUUUCUUGCCUGUACCGCCACGCCUACCGCACUGAGGAGCAGGGACGCCGGGUAAACCCAGCUGAGCAGUUAUCUCGGGACUGUAAGGUGGAGGUUCAGAGGAUUCUCCACCAGAGGGCACUGGAUGUGAAGUUGGAUCCUGAGCUUCAGAAACGCUGCAUGACCGACCUUGGCAAGUGGUGCAGCGAGAAGACCGACACUGGACAGGAGCUGGAGUGUCUGCAGGAUCAUUUGGAGGACCUGGUUUCUGCCUGCAGGGACGUCGUGGGCAACCUGACGGAGCUGGAGUCAGAGGACAUCCAGAUCGAUGCUCUGCUCAUCAGAGCCUGUGAACCUGUCAUCCAGGCCCACUGCCAUGAUGUAGCUGAUAAUCAGAUUGAUACAGGUGAUCUGAUGGAGUGUUUGGUUCAGAACAAACACCAGAAAGAGAUGAACGACAAGUGCUCAGUCGGCGUCACGCACUUCCAGCUGGUUCAAAUGAAGGAUUUCAGGUUCUCCUAUAAGUUCAAGAUGUCCUGCAAGGAGGACGUUCUGCGCCUCUGUCCAAACAUCAAGAAGAAGGUGGACGUGGUCAUCUGUCUGAGCACCACAGUGAGGAACGACACGCUGCAGGACGCCAGGGAGCAGCGGGUUUCUCUGAAGUGUCGUAAACAGCUGCGGGUGGAGGAGCUGGAGAUGUCGGAGGAUAUUCGGUUGGAACCAGAGUUGUAUGAUCCCUGUAAGUCUGACAUCAGUCGACUUUGUCCCAACGUGAACUUUGGUAACGCUCAGAUGAUUGAGUGUCUGAAGGAGCAGAAGAAGCAGCUCAGUCAGCGCUGCCACCAGCGGAUCUUCAGGCUGCAGGAGGUGGAGAUGACCGACCCCGAGCUCGACUACCAGCUGAUGAGAGUAUGCAAGCAGAUGAUCAAGCGGUUCUGUACUGAGGCUGAUGCCAGGAACGUUCUUCAGUGUCUGAAACAGAACAAAAACAGCGAGCUGAUGGAUCCUAAGUGUAAACAGAUGAUCACCAAGAGACAGAUCACGCAGAACACAGACUACAGGUUGAACCCGGUGCUGAGGAAAGCCUGUCGAGCUGACAUCCCGAAGUUCUGCCAGUCCAUCCUGAACAAGGCGAAUGAGGACAGCGAGCUGGAGGGUCAGGUCAUCGCCUGCCUCAAACUCAAAUAUGCCGACCAGAGGUUGUCUCCAGACUGUGAAGACCAGAUCAGAGUGAUUCUCCAGGAGUCGGCGCUGGACUACAGACUGGACCCACAGCUGCAGAUGCACUGCUCAGACGAGAUCUCCAGGUUGUGUGUGGAGGAGGCAGCAGCUCAGGAGCAGACCGGUCAGGUGGAGGAGUGUCUGAAAGUCAACCUGCUGAAAAUCAAACAGGAGGCCUGUAAAAAGGAGGUGCUGAACAUGCUGAAGGAGAGUAAGGCAGACAUCUUUGUGGACCCAGUCCUUCACACAGCCUGCGCUCUGGACCUCAAACACCACUGUGCUGCCAUCACGCCCGGGAGAGGACGACAGAUGUCGUGUCUGAUGGAGGCGUUACAGGACAAGAGAGUUCGUCUGCAGCCUGAAUGUAAGAAAAGGCUCCAGGACCGCAUCGACAUGUGGAGCUACGCUGCAAAGGUGGCGCCAGCAGAGGGCUUCUCAGACCUGGCUGUGCAGGUGAUGACGUCACCCUCCAAGAACUACAUCCUGUUCAUGAUCGCACUGAGCGUGUGCGUCCUCUUCCUGGUGGGGCUGCUGUGCGGUCGGAUCACCAAGCGAGUCACGAGAGAACUGAAGGACCGGUAGAGGACAAGCGCUCUGACGCUUCAGUAAAGACUGACUCCUUGCACCUCCCUGUACCUUCCUCCUCCUCCUCUUCUUGUUCCUCCUUCUCUCUCAGAUGCCCAGUCUGUAACCAGCCAACCUGCACAGUGCCAACACCAGUGCUCACAUCUGGACCUCCUCCUUGGUUUAAAACUCUGUUUGGCUGUUGCUGAAUAUUUGCAUUAAAUGCAAAAUGUUUCCCGA